AUGCGAGGUCGUGCCGACAACGAAACGAAAACAGAGAUUACAGCCUUAUACAUAGCAUUACAGCCGCCGCCGAUUUACAAUUGGGACGGACCAGGACGGACCGGGACGAACGGAACAUCAUCGAGAUUUAUAUUCAGAGACGAUCAGGAACGGUCGCCUUUACAAAACUCAUUGCCAACUUACAAAAACUUCAUUAGGCGCGACACGGCUGUAAAUCCGUACAAAUGCAAUGAAAACGCCAACGUGAAGUUGAAGACUACGACGCUCAUAAAUGGGCCGACUCAGGAGAACCGUCGUCCUCCCUCGUUGGCCUGUUCGCCCGAUCCUAAUACCUGUCGCUUGCCGACGAACUUCAACUUGCAGCACGGCAAAAGCACGCCGCGCAGUUCGCCCGCCCGGCGAAUGCUCGGCUCGAUCGAGCGGUCGAUGCACCGCGUCAGGCGCGCCCUUAUGCCCAGGCGAUCUCACCUGGGAGGCACGCCGAAGACGGCCAGGACCAAUCCCUGGACACCCAAUUCGGCGGAGGCUGUCAAAAUCAUGCCGCAAGUGCUCAACGCUAAGAAUUUAUCAAAUGUUUCGACAACGACAGCGGUUGAUCCUGCACUUGUUCUUCUUAAAUUGCGAACUGCCUUAUACGAAAAGGGCAUAUUUUGUAAGCAGAAAGGGUACACCCUGCGCGGGCGCAUGGAAUUAUGCAAAGAACCAAAACCAUCAUUAUCUAACCUGGUAAAAACACCUAUCACAACUGCCAAUGACGAACAAAAACCAUUUAUACACAACAGUAAUAGUAAUUCCUCGAACGAGGUGCCAAAUUCGAAGGAUUCGAAUUGUUACUGCUCGUUCGAGCUGGAGGUAUGCCUGCUGGACACUGCCGCUCUUGGCGGAGGCGACAGUCGUGUCCUGGUGCGCAGGAAACGGCUCAAGGGCGACGCCUGGUGCUACAAGAAAGUCUGCGAGGAGGUGCUGCGCAUCACGUCCACCGAAUUUCUCGAUGACGAGAGCUUCCUUGGAGUCACGAGAUUCGAUGGAAAUGAUUCGUAUUAGACCAUUAAGUGAAAUAUCUAGGUUUGAUCUGAUCUAUUCUCGUCUUGUCUGAUCUUUACUAACCAAAUUUCAUACUUUCAUACUCAUUUUUAGUUGUGAGAUGAAAUGAAACGAAAUUUUAUUGCGAAUUGUAUAUAAUUACAUUUAAGGAAAGCCAUUAUAGUUAUUUUUUUUUUUAGUCGAU